CUAACAGACCCUCCCCCGAUGGAUGCGGCAGAAACCAGCGCACUGAAGUUGUGAAGUUAUACUACUGCUCUUUCUUCACUGACUUCAUCUGGAACUCAUUUUCCACCGCUGGAAAUUUAUUAUAAUAUCUUGAGGUAGUUUACUUGGAAAUUUUUCGUCGCAUAAAUAGACUAUCGCCGCAAAUACAGUGGAUUAACAACAAAUGCUUUUCACCCAGGACCAUGCAGUCACUGCAGACCUGUACCGUCCUGCUGGUUCUGAGCAUUCUGAUUGGCCUGUCCUGGUCUUUGAACCCCAGGGAUCCCAAUGUGUGUAGCGUAUGGGAGAGCUUCCCAACCUCAGUGAAGGAGUCGUAUGCCCACCCUUAUGACCAGGUGACAGAGGAACCUUGCUCUGAGCCACGCACCUCCUACAGAUGCACCCGUCACAGGAUCACCUAUAAGACAGCAUACAGACAGGCGGUGAAGAUGGACUACCGCCGGAGGUACCAGUGUUGCCCUGGCUACUACGAGAGCAGAGACAAAUGUGUCCCCCGCUGUACUAAGGAGUGUGUCCAUGGGAGAUGUGUUGCUCCAGACCGCUGCCAGUGUGAAGGAGGCUGGCGUGGCGACGACUGUUCCAGUGCCUGCAAUGACAAACACUGGGGUCCAGGUUGUAGUCAGCUGUGUAAGUGUGAGAACGGUGGCCUGUGCAAUCCUGUGACCGGUACCUGCCAGUGUCCUCCAGGCUACAUUGGGCGCCGCUGCGAGGACCCCUGCCCACCAGGCACAUUUGGCAAGGGCUGUCUUCAGAAGUGCCAGUGUGGAACUGGGGGUUCCUGCGAUAAAGUGACCGGAGAGUGCCUGUGUCGAGACAAUUUCACUGGGACAUUCUGUGAGAAGGCAUGCCCAAAGAGUCGAUGCCCGCUGCGAUGCCCGUGCCAGAACGGGGGCAUUUGCCAGGGGAAGGGGAUCUGUGCGUGCCCCCCUGGGUGGACGGGUGAGGUGUGUACAGAGCGCUGUGCAGAGGGCAGGUUUGGUCCUAACUGUGCCCAAGAGUGUGUGUGUCACAACCGGGGCCACUGCAACCCUGAGACAGGCCAGUGCCAGUGUGCUGAAGGCUUCACUGGGAACAGCGGAGGCUGUCUGUGUGAGCCUGGCUUCAGAGGACCCCAGUGCAGAGAGAGAAUGUGUAGGCACGGCACCUACGGCCUUCACUGUGAACACACCUGCCUCUGCCACGACACACACACACUCAGCUGUCACCCACUGAAAGGCGAGUGCACGUGCCAGCCAGGCUGGGCGGGGCUUUACUGCAACGAGACCUGUGCCCGUGGUUACUACGGCCAUGGUUGCCUGGAGCCCUGCCUGUGUGUCAACGGAGGGGUGUGUGACAGUGUGAGCGGGCGCUGCCACUGUGCCCCUGGGUACACGGGUGCUCACUGUGAGAGUCCCUGUAAGAGUGGUACCUAUGGGAAGAACUGUUCUCUGGAGUGCUCCUGCUCCAACUCAGUGGACUGCUCUCCCAUUGAUGGGACCUGCUUCUGCAAAGAGGGCUGGCGAGGGCGGUACUGCUCCAUACCCUGUUCUAAGGACACCUGGGGCCUGGGCUGCAACGCCACGUGCCAGUGCGCCAAUGGGGCUUUGUGUAACCCAGCAGACGGAUCCUGCACUUGCUCUCCAGGCUGGCAGGGGCCCCUGUGCGACCAACCAUGCCCCGUAAGUGCCAGUAUAAUACUGUAG